UCCAGUCCACCUUAAAACGCAGCUCUGACAGACUACAUACACAUUUCCUGAAAACGCCCCGUGCGAGAGAAAAGCAGCGAACUCCAGUGACUCUGAAUUAUAAUAAUAACAAGGCUGCGCUGUUUAUCCAGAGGUGGGGGUUGGACAUAGGCUCAAUCAUACGCCAAACUUUUUCGAAGUCUCCCUUUCCUCCCCCCCAGGUCUCAGAGCUGAGCAGCAGCAUUCGGUCUACGGGAUCACUCUCGCCGCACCGCCGACCGAGGUCAGUGGCAGUGACCGCCCACGGGAGUUGUCAGCGCGGCAGCAAACCUGCGCGGACCCCGGCUGUUUUUCUUGUUUGUUUGUUUUUUACAUGGGACUUUGACUCACUGGCUGAACAAACGACGGACCGCCGACUGUCUCUGUCGUCGUAUGGAAGGAAGAAGCCUCUGUAGCGAAGGAGUGAAUGAGCCGCACAAAAAUUAGCCUAACGUCAAGUUUUUGAGCAUUACACGAAGUGACACCAUGUUGGGAAACUCUUACGCUAACAAGAAGAGGAAGAAGCCUGCUCCCAGACAAAAGAAGCCCGCUGAAGGUAAUGAAGUUGUUAAAUCAAACCCUUCGAAGCGCCACAGGGAUCGGCUGAACGGGGAGCUGGACCGGCUGACGGACCUCCUGCCCUUUUCUGAUGAGAUUCGCUCUCGUCUGGACAAACUGUCGGUCCUUCGCCUCAGCGUGGGAUACCUGAGGGUCAAGAGCUACUUCAAAGCGACCAUGAAGAACAGCAAAAGCAGUCUGAUGUUUCCCGGACUGAACGGGCAGAACGGGGACAAGACGGGCGUUGCAGGCUUCUCUGAGGGGGAUCUACUGCUCCAGGCGCUGAACGGGUUUGUGAUAGUGGUCACGUCAGAGGGAUCUGUGUUUUAUGUCUCUCCCACAAUCAAGGACUACCUGGGCUUUCAUCAGUCGGACGUGGUUCAUCAGAGUGUGUUUGAGCUCAUCCAUACUGAUGACAGGGCCAUGUUCAAACAGCAGCUUCACUUUGCUCUAAACCCCCCAACGCCUGCCGACGGCACAGAUGCCCUGCAGGGUUGUGGUAAUGCAGUGACGUACAACCCUGAGCAGCUUCCCCCAGAGAACUCUUCCUUCCUGGAGAGGAGCUUUGUGUGUCGCUUCCGCUGCCUCCUGGACAACUCCUCUGGCUUUCUGGCUCUGAAGUUCCAGGGGCGACUGAAGUACCUCCAUGGCCAGAGGGACAACGGGACAUGUGACAAACUUCAGCUGGCUCUGUUCAGCAUUGCUAUGCCUGUCCAGCCUCCGGCCAUUGUGGAGAUCAGAGCUAAAAUGCUCCUCUUUCAAAGCAAGCACAAGCUGGACUUCACACCCAUGGGCAUCGAUAGCAGGGGGAAGGUUAUUCUGGGCUAUUCAGAGGUUGAACUGUGUAUGAAAGGCUCUGGCUACCAGUUUAUCCAUGCAGCUGAUAUGAUGUACUGCGCCGACAACCACAUCCGCAUGAUUAAAACGGGAGAGAGCGGUCUGACUGUUUUCAGGCUCCUGAGUAAGUCGGGGGGUUGGGUGUGGGUGAAGGCCAACGCCAAGCUAUUCUACAAAGAUGGGAGACCUGAAUUCAUCAUUGCAUACCAGAGAGCUUUAGUAAACGCUGAGGGGGAGGAAUACCUGCGUCAGAGGAGGCUGCAGCUUCCCUUUAGUUUGACCACAGGAGAGGCCGUCCUGUACAACACCGGCCCCACGGUGGACAUCACAGAGUUUCAGUUCAACAAAAUGUUUAGUAACAAUGACGAACACCAGGAUGUGACGCCUGGCUCUUUGCUGGACUGCUUCCUGAGACAGGACGAAACAGUCUACACCCAGCCAGUGGACCCUCCUUUGCCUGUGGAUCAGGUGUUCAGGGACAGCCGGGCCCUGGUCAGCGUUCCCAGUGACACCUGGCAGGAAAACGGCCCUACGACAGCCACGACAAGUGCCCCUGCUAUAGUGAAAGAGGAGGCCAAACAGUCAGUGAUGACUGUAAUCGACAACCUGGAGAAAAUGGCUCAAAAUAGCGACUUCUGUACGGUGCUGCAGAAUCUGGACGUUGGUAAUACAGAGCUGAUGGAGUGGGAAAAUACCCUGAAGAGAUUGAGUCAGGAGGAGGGUCAGCAGAACAAUGUCAGUUCUGAGCUGGACAGCAUCCUCUCUAAUGACAUAUUUGACUACAUUGAUAAUGUUUUGUUCAAGGACAAGGGAUCAGAUUGUAUGAACACCAGCCCCCCCAGCUGUGUUACAGCAGCCAACAAUGACCAGCAGGACCCCUUCACUCAGGCUGUCCGGCUCUCAGCCACUGACCCACAGUUGUUUCAGACGCUGAGCCCUGAUCCUCCUUACCCGCCAAUGAAUGGUAUGUACGUUCACCAGCAGGAUACAAUGAAUGGGCUGAUGAUUACAGGGCAAAGCUUAACAGACUCUGCUCAGAUAUUCAGCAGCACCCAGAAACUCUCCCACACUGACACCAACCUGCCCCCUCUUCAGCAUCUGCAGCUGCAGGACAUUUUCAGCCCAUCUAUAGAGCUCCCAGAGCUCACCCUCCCUGACGCCUCAGCUCAUGCCUCGGCCCCUUUUCAAUCCUGGGGGCAGCCAUUGAUCAGCCACAUGGGCUGCCCUCAGGGGAUUUCUGGACAGACACAGUCGGGCCAACGGCUGAUGUGUCCACCAAACACUUUGCAAGCUCCUGCAAUGGUAGCAAAUGGACAGCUGCAGAUUUCUGUUAAACAACCAAACAAUGUAGCACCCAGCGUAGUAGACCUGUUGCCGCCCCUGAUUCCUUGCAAUGACUUUAAUUCCUCUAACAUUCCCAUCCCCUUUGCCACAGCAUGUCUGCAAGAAAGCCCCCCUUUGGAAACACAUAACCACCAGGUCCAGCAGUGGCCACAGAGCCAGCCGCAGAAACUGCCACAUGCUGGCAUCAUGCAGAACGGACAUGAGCUGAUGCCAGCAUGCCACAGCCAGACUUCAGAAAGCCAAACAUUCCCACGUGCUGGCCUUUGGCCAAGGAGUGUCACCGGACUGAACCACUCUCAGCAGGGAGGGCUGGCAUGCGGCCAGGCAGUUACUCACAGCAGCUGCAUGUUCAACCAGCACUUUUCUUCCGACCCGACAGGAGGUGAUGUCCUGGCUCUCUCAGGGUCUUCGGGCAUGAGGGGGGCUGAGAUGUCUCUGGAUCAGAGUCCCCCUCAAGGUUCCUGCUACUUCCAGUGGAGCCACAGCGAGCCUGUGGUGGGCACAUCAGCCAUCAACCAGGAAAACGCCAAAAUCAGCCCUCUGUCCCACCUGGCAUGUCCUCGUCAGGCCGCACAUUCAGCAUUCAGCACUACCUGAACUGCCACAGACAGACACAAGUAAACAUGUCCCACUGUGGGCUAAAUACCAGCAAGAAAGUUAUAACAGGAAAUUAAAAAUGAAAGGAGAAAAUUAAUGAGAAAUUAUUAUUAUCAGGCCAUAAUUAAAUGUAUUUUAAAUCUUAUCCAUUUUCUUUUUUUUCCCCAAAUCAAUCAGUUAAUUGUUGAUAUAAAGUAACAAAUGCCAUUUGCUGUUUCCAAGGGCCUAAAGUGACAUAUUCAAAUAGCUUGUUUUGUCAAACCUUUCAAAACCCAAAAUAUGUACUAUUUACUGUGAUAUGAAACACAAAAAGUGGCACAUUCUUUGAGAAGCUAGAAUCACAAAAUAUUUUUGGAUUAUCAAAAUAAUGGGUUACUUGAAAUUUUGGAAAUUAAAAGCACACAGAAAUUUUGAAAAGCCUGUCAGAGUAGAGCCGAGCCAUAUUCUGUUGCAACAUAUCCAGAAGGGCAAAACACAUGUAUAGUUUGCCAGUAUCAGUGCCUAUCACACACCCUCAUACAUACACUCACGUUUUAUAUCUCCCUGUAUCAUAUAUACGUCGUCCAGUCUGUAAUGUUUAAAAACUGUUGCUUGUCAGUUUUUAGAGAAGAUACACUAUAAUAAUAAUAAUAAUAAUAUUAAUAUUAAUAUUAAUGAAGUAUAAAGCCACAAGUGCGUUUACCAGAAUGGAGCUUGAGCCAGCUAGGAGGAUCGGUCAAGUAAAUCCAAAUAGCCAAAGAAAUAUGUUUUUAUAAGGGAAUCCAGACGUUGUGACUUCCUUGUUUUCAGCCAGGGACAUUCAUUUAUUUCCCAAGUAUACAUACUUAUAAAUACACAUAAAACAAUGGAAAAAGGAUGUUUAUAUAUAUAUAUAUAUAUAUAUAUAUAUAUAUAUGUGUGUGUGUGUGUGUUAUCACUCUAAACUUUAAUGCUGGCAAAGUGGAGAGUUUUUCUGAAAACUGUAAAGAAUCACUGAAAGUAAUAGCUACCUGGAAACACAGCUGUGCCUUCAAAUGAAUAUUAUUACAGUAUAUUUUAGUGUGAAAUCCUUAAAUGUGGUUGAUGUGUGUGUUGUAUGUACUCAUAGUAUUUGUUUCAGCAGAAGGUCUGCUUCGGCUCGCUAAAGAAAAAAAUCUCAUAUGUAGAGAAUGCAGCUGCAUGUGACUCGUGUUUAUCUGUGUGCUGUAUGAAUGUGCUUUCAUGGAGAAUGUUUUCCACUUGCAGAGACAUCUCAAAUCCCACAAUUUGAGACCAACUGUGUCAGAAAUCAGCAGAGAAAUUCACAAUGAGGAAACAUGGAUUGGUUACAUCUUGCAGUGGCUUUUGCCAUGUGAUGUGAUGAUAUCGCCUGUGACCACCAGAAUGCUGAUGAAUACAAUGUGCAAUCAACUGACCGCCUGAAUCCACUAUUAAACACAUGGGCUUCUUCAAGCCUUUGAAAUGGGUCUGCCCUGUCAGCCUGCAUGUUGCACUGCUGUUGAUGCACACUUCAAAAGGAUGCAGUCCCUAAAUCUGGAUGCAGCAAAUGAAUAAAAAUAGCCUCCAUACCUACGGCUCUGCUGCAUAUUUUACCAUUCAUAGACCUUCAAUCACAGAAGCAGCCCCCACCCAAAUAAAUUCUCUCAUAUUCUGUGAUCCUGCACAGCAACGCCCUGAUAUAUAUAUAUAUAUAUAUGUUGCCUUAUAAAUGUUAUUGUGCCUUCAUGCUGAAUAGGCAGCUGAAAAGUGUCUCCAUAUAAAUAUAUCUGCCUUGUAUAAAGCAUCUGAAAGAAUAUUUUGCUCAGUUUUUCUAAGGCAAUCCUUUGGAGCUGCACUACUUUAAGGGAAGCCAUGUCCAUAGGAGAUACAGUAUCCAUUAUAAGGCUUUAUCCUUAAGUGCAUUUCAAGGCUCUGAGGUAUUUCUUUAAGCCUUUUUUCCUUUACACAACAACAACGGAAACAAGGGAAAACACUUCACUUCAGCGGUGACCUAUCUCUGAAGAGAUGGCAAGGUUUCUCUCAUUGAACAGAAUGGAACUGCACCGUGCAGAGGAUUAACAAUCCAGAAUUUGGAGAUUUGAACUGGUGUAACUGCAUUCAGAUCAUAUUUACUCUGCUGUGUCUGCUUCCUGUUUGUGCUCUUUAGUCCGUUUUGGCUCCUUUUUUUUUAAUCUGAUUGUGUAAUAGCCACACUUUAAAAACAGCAUUAAUGGUUUGGAUUGACAUGAGCAGGAACAGCAUUAACAUGGCAGCUUUAUCAUAUUCCUGCUACACUGUGGGAAAUCACUCAGUAUUUUACCUUUUCUUCAGAAGCUAAUGUGUUAUGUUUUUGGUAAUACCUUUCAGUACAAAAAUGGAAACAAAAAUUAGCAUUUUAAGUGGAAUGUUAAACUGUCAGGGCACAGAUUAAUGCGGCCUCCUUUCCUGUCCUGGUUGCUCAUUGUUCUGUUGUAUGGAAAGAGCAGCCUCGCUCUUCCUCCUGUAGAGGAUCGCAGUGUGAAGCAGGCUGUGGAGGCUAAGGACAGCCUAUAAAUCUGCUUUGAUGUUGGGCUUUGAUACAGACACGUCAUGACUGUAGCCACGGUGGAAAAAAAACCUGGAGCCAAAUGUUUUAUUCACAGCGGUGUUGAUGUUCUGAAGUUAACGUGCCUUGAAAGUUGCCAUAUUUCAGUUAUUUGUAAAGAGAAAAAAAAAGAAAAAGAAAACUACUCAGUUUAUGUAAUCCACUUAUAUGUUGCCAAGUCAUUAUUGUAUCUAUAUCAAACUAUAUGUUAAACAAAUAACCACCCUUUGUCUACUCUUUAAUGCUUUUUCAUAAAUACAUGUGUGCAAUGAUUAAAA